AUAAGAGCGAACGUUCGUCGAGCGGGGAGAACGUCGUUGAACCUGCCGUAGACCCACAAAAAAAAAACACUCGAUUUUAGACUAGUUGCAAGAUUUCUGACACAAAGUGCUCGCCAAGCAAUCACACAGCCAACGCAGCUGCUCCUCAGACGAUACGAUAUCAUCACAGCAAUGACGGGCAUCAUUUCGAUAUUAUCCAGACAACUGCCGCGUAGCGUGCAAACUGUCGGUCUCAAAGCCGUGCGAAACCAUGAAUUGCAGCUCAGUGCUCGUCAGUAUUCUCAACUAGCGAUUGUUGCGGCCGCUCAGCAGCAGCAGCAACAACUGUUGCAUCGUGUGGCACCUGCAACGCAACGCUGCCAAGAUGCAAUGCGUGCCUUGGGCUGGCAAAGCUUUCACACUACCUCCAACUUGUGCUCCGCACAGGUGGUAAAAGUGCCACCUUUUGCUGAUUCCAUUACCGAGGGUGACAUUAAAUUUACCUGCAAGGUGGGCGAUUCGUUUGGCGCUGAUGAAGCAGUCAUGGAAAUCGAAACCGACAAGACCACGAUGCCUGUGCCAGCGCCAUUUGCCGGCUCUGUCACCGAGAUUCUAGUCAAGGACGGCGAUACGGUUAAACCCGGCCAGGAGCUGUUCAAAAUGACGCCCGGUGCUGCGCCCGCAAAGGCAGCUGCUGCUCCAGCUGCUGCACCCGCGCCACCCAAGCCAGCUGCAGCUCCAGCAGCAGCAGCUCCCAAGCCUGCUGCCGCGCCAGCUGCUGCCCCAGCAGCAAGAGCAGCACCACCACCGCCACCACCACCAGCAGCGCGUCCACCACCAGCUGCGCCCCGCGCUGCUGCGCCACCACCGGCUGCCGUGCGUCCCGCUGUGGCGCAGGUGAAACUGCCGCCUGUGGAUGGUUCGCGUCAGAUUUUGGGUACGCGUUCCGAGCAGCGCGUGAAGAUGAACCGUAUGCGUCAAAAGAUUGCUGCCCGCUUGAAGGAUGCCCAGAACACGGCAGCUAUGCUGACCACCUUCAAUGAAAUCGAUAUGAGCUACGCAAUGGACUUCAGGAAACAAAAUCUGGAUGCGUUUGUCAAGAAGUACGGCAUCAAGUUGGGCUUCAUGUCCAUCUUUGGCAAGGCUAGCGCUUACGCUCUACAGGAUCAGCCUGUUGUCAACGCUGUUAUCGAUGGCCAGGAUAUUGUGUACCGUGAUUAUGUGGAUAUCUCAGUGGCUGUUGCCACGCCCCGUGGUCUCGUCGUGCCUGUUAUCCGCAACGUGGAGAGCAUGAAUUACGCCGAUAUUGAGAUUGCGCUCGCCGGCUUGGCUGAUAAGGCGAAACGCGAUGCAAUUACCGUGGAGGACAUGGACGGUGGCACUUUCACCAUCAGUAACGGCGGUGUCUUUGGAUCCUUGAUGGGCACACCCAUCAUUAAUCCGCCCCAGAGUGCUAUCCUCGGCAUGCACGGAAUCUUUGAGCGCCCUAUUGCCGUCAAAGGCGAGGUCAAGAUUCGCCCCAUGAUGUACAUUGCACUAACAUACGAUCACAGGAUCAUCGAUGGUCGUGAGGCGGUGUUGUUCCUGCGCAAGGUCAAGGCUGCCGUUGAGAAUCCAGCUAUCAUUGUUGCCGGUCUGUAAGAGGCUCGGAACGAGAACGAAACGAGUCGAGUUCUGUUAGAGCUGCGUCCACGUUGUUCAGUUGAUAUUAUCGAAUCGGCAACCUUAGCAAAAACCAAACAAAAAAUGGAAGCACAGCCAAAUUAUUUGUAUAGAACUGUAAUCGUUAAACUAUUUCAUUUUUUCAUUUGAUGUAAAUUUUCAAAAUUUUCGAGCGUGUCACAAAUCGAACUGUCUUUGAGUUGAAAAACCAAUUAGCGAAUAAUACACUGGCACACACACACACACUCAUGUGAGACACUUAAUAAAAUUAAAAUAAUGCGACGUGGAAUUGUUUUCAAAACCGUAACCAUUCUAAGUACUAUAUUUAUUUUCUGCACCUUAAACAAAAAAGAACAAUGUAAUCUGCACAUGCCAAGUUGCAAUGUCGUGAAUAAAUGCGAUAUCGUUACCGAUACUCAAUCAA